AUGUCCAUGAGUCGCAGUAUGAUGGAAGAACUGUGCGAGUAUGUGUUACAUAAACCAUCUGUGAUAUUAGGCAGUAAAUUUUUCGACUGCCGAGCGGCUUUGGGAGUGGAAAUCGCUCACAAAGCUGAAAAAUUCGAACCUAAACUACUAGUCUUAUCAAAAUUCCGAGUAUUUUUUGUGGUUGGAAAGAGUCCCUCUUCCUUAAAAAUCGAACGAAGCUUCCAUAUUUUAAAUGUUAGAGGAGUGCACAUAGUCAAAGACAAUGAGCUAUCGAUUUUCGUAGAUGAUUCACAAUCUAAGAAACCUUAUACUAUACGUUAUGCAAAGCAAUCAGCUUAUCAAGUUGCUCUGCUCAUACUUUCGGCAUUAAAGCAUUAUUUUCCUGAUAUCAAGUCGCAACUUCGAUCCCAUAUUGACCUAGCACCAGCUUCUUUAUAUGAUGAAUUUCCUUCGAUCACUAUUGAUGCUGCUGCUAGGCCCUGUCACAGCUUUCGGAGAACAUAUGCUGCUCUCUGCGAUUUCUAUGAACAACCAUAUAGAGAAGAAGUGUCAUGGGAUAUCGAGAAAAUAUACACAAUUAAUAAUCUGAAAUGUCUACGCAUCGAUGACUUCUCACAUUUGCUUCCAAGGGACUUACUACCAAUCGUCGGAGUUCUUUCCUACUCUUCUUACUUCACGGGUUUAUCGGCUGACGGUGUUCGCAUACCAUCAGAGUUGGUUGAAGUCAUUCUAUCGGUUAUCAAGAAAUCACCUUUCAUGACAGAGUUACGAUUAAAGAACUGUGGUCUUCCAAGAGACUUCAUAUAUUUGUUUGCCAAUGCCAUACAGCAAAUCAGUUCGACUCCACUGGAAACUCUAGACUUAUCUAAAAAUGCCUUAGAUGACAAGAAAGGGUUCUCUUCCUUGUGCACGGUAAUGUUCAAACUAAGUUCGUUGCGAUACCUCAACUUGACGGAAUGUGGUUUGAGUGACAAGUGUGUUCAGCUUCUCUGUUCUGGAUUAUACAAUGGCUUAACAUCUUCAAAGUCUAGUCCUAACCAUGGUUUAGUCGAGUUCAACUUGGCUUACUGUACUAUAAAAGAUGACGUGUCACCACUCGUGAAUCUUGUAUCGUUAUGCACCCCUCUACGAGUUCUCGACCUCACAGACACUCAAUUCCCACUAGACAAGAUAUGGCCUGCACUCAAAUUUGGAGGUUUGCAAAUGGAGAAACUAAUAUUGGCUGGUUGUCAAUCAGGGAAAAAGAGUUCAGAGACAUCAAACAUAAUGAAAGAGUUCUUUGCUAUGGCAGUUAACCUAAGUCAUAUCAGCUUUGCCGGUACUGCCUUAUCAGCUGAUAACCUGAAGGCGAUUCUUCUUGGAUUAGCCUCCAAUCAGCAACUCAAGCCAUACUAUUUGGAUUUGGAAGGUACCUGUGACAAAAGCUGUGGAGUUGUUCUAGAAAGUUGUCUCUCGAGUCUCAGAUGUUCAGGCAUCAGUCUUCGCGAUAAUAACCUUGAAACUGAUCUUCAGGGAAUUAUACGAGCACUCUUAGGAGUUCCGACUCUGAAGAAGUUAGACAUUGGCGGUAACAACUUAUUAUCCUUACGAAGAUCUUCAAAGCCAUCUCAUUCUACAACUCUGAACCGUCUUCUUUUGGAUGUCGUCAAGCUCUGCUCGGAUGAUUCUCCUCUCGAGGAACUCAUUCUCUCCAAAUCUCAGCUUGGUUCUCACUUGAGCGUUAUUUUGAACACUCUCGGUGCAACUACAUCUUUGCGCAGUUUGGAUAUAUCUCAUAAUGAAAUGACUAACUUCGGCGCGAGAAUCUUGUCAAAGGCUCUCCAACUGAAUGUAUCUCUUCGCAGCCUUUUUAUUGACAAUAAUAAGAUUGGAGCAGAAGGAUUUGUAGAUCUCGCUUCUGCAAUGCAAUUAAACUUCACACUUACCUCACUUCCAUACCCUGUGAAUGAUCUUUUCGAUUGUAAAGCACGGAACGAACACAGUCGAGCACUCACUGCUUUGUCUCAAAUUGAGAUAGCAUUAGAUCGUAAUAGAUCGGCGGAUUGCUUCGAUUUUGCCAACUCCAAGAAAGGCCUGAAUGGGGGUAUUCAGAGUCUCAUCGACCUAGGAACAGCAGCCGGUGAUAUUGUUAAAGGAACUUUCCACGAGUCACGCUCAGAACCUUCCAUUCCUCCAAAAAUUGAAGAGAUGGUAUCCAGCUUUGUCGACCAGCUCCGUCAAGAAGCUUCGGCUGUUAUUCAAGAUACUAUGGCACGCAUGGGAGAUUUAGCUCUAGAUUACACCGGAGAUGCAGCCAGAGCAGAGCGUAUCGCAUCUGAUAGACUGAAAGAGUUAUUCAUGAGAGACGUGAAAAUGGUCGUGAGUGAUUGGAGAUGGCGUGAGCUAUGUGAUCGUAGUGAACAGGCUUUGAGAUCAUCUAGUGCUGGAAGAACAGCAAGCCUUAGCAGCACGUCAGUGGAAGACUCUCCCAGUAUUUCUUCUCCUCGCAUACAUAAAAAAUCUUUGGAAGCGCCCUCACACCGUCCAAGAAGUAUUAUUGGAGAUCUGACCCCUGGCUCUCCUACCGCUGAAGAAGAGUUCAGUCUCAACUUGGAGGCUCCACCUAAACCUCCAAGUCUCACUCAUUUGCAGAAGAUGAGACCUCGAAGACGGGGAGUACUGGGACGUGGUGAUAGUAAAGAAGAUGAAAUGAUCAUCAUGAACCGUAGCUGUGACAUGAUUGAGCAGGAUGAAGAUAGCCGAAGUGAAGACAGUUUCCGUAGUGAGCCGAAGAAACCUCUUUCCGAGAGAGUUGGUUUCCGAGUAGCAAUGCUGCCGGAAGCAGCACAUAUAACCUCUUCUAAUUUGAGACCUGCAACAGAUCGUGGGAUGUCGCCUCGCGAACCUAUUUCUCCUUUCAGUACCUCACUUAUUAAUGAUAAUUCCCCACCUCAGCCUAGUCGUAACAGGAGUAGCGGGGGAUCAAGUCAGUCUGAAUCUAGUCCACCUUCCUUACCACCUAAACCGGAACCUCGUAUGCGAACCCUGGCUCCUGUUCCAACGCUGCCGUCAGCUCCACCGAGUGAAGAUGAGCAGAAUGCAAACUCUCGUUUAUCCGUUGCAGAUAUGACCCGCAUUUUUGACCGAUAA